AUAAUUAACUUCAUCAAAUCAAAACAAAACAAUACAAAACAAAUUGUACCUUCUUUGUUUCUUCCGUCCUAGUAGAACCAGAACUAGAACUAGAACUAGAACCAUGUCGUCCAGGGUAACCGUUUUCUCAAAACUCACGGCGGUUUCCAGCAAACCAGUCCGGUCAGGUAUGACCCAUACCUUGUCGGCAAUGGACCAUGCCAUGGGUUUCCACUCACUUCACAUCGUGUUCUACUACGAGAACGAGGACAACUUGCUGGAGUCGUUUGAACUGGACUCGUUGAGGGAGUCACUGUGUGAGGUUCUCACGGAGUACCCGACGAUGACCGGUCGGUUGGCUCGAGAUGGAGAUGGGAACUGGGAAGUGAGGUGCAAUGAUGCUGGUGUUCGGGUCAUCAAGGCCAAUGUGGAUACUACUCUUAGUGAGUGGUUACAAUCUGCGUCGGCUUCGGAGCAGGCGCGACUAAUCGCUUGGGAUCAUAUGCCCGAUGAUCCCAGCACUUGGUCGCCCUUUCGAAUUCAGAUAAACAGCUUCAAAGAUGGAGGUCUUGCAAUAGGACUAAGCUGUAACCACAUGCUUGCUGAUCUAACCUGCGCAGCAUCAUUCUUCAAUUCAUGGACUGAAACUCACCGGCAAAAACCCAUCACUCACCCUCCUUUCUUCAAUCCACUUCCAAAGCCUCACACAAAUUCUCCAGCAGCAACAACAACCAUGUCACCCCCACAAGCACAAACACAAACACCCUCUUCAACAAACAUGGCCUCAACCACUUUUAAGUUUUCCAGUUCAAUAAUCAAACAAUGCCUCUUCAAUAUCCAUGAAACAUGUCCCAAUGCCACCCCAUUUGACUUCCUUUCGGCUCUAUUUUGGACUCGUAUUGCUCGCUUGAAGCCUCCGAAAAACCAUGAUCAAUCUCAUUAUUCUCUAUCGAUUUGCACAGACUUCAGGAAGCUCCUGAAGCCAUCCCUUCCUAUAGGAUACUUCGGUAACGCGUUACAUUUUUCCACACUUUCUGUUGAAGACAUGGAGAGUGGUGACUUAGGAGACAUAGCUAGUGCAGUACAUAGUCACUUGGCAGGGCUAGCAGAGGAAGAAAUCUGGUCUUCCAUAGAACGGUUCGAGACGCAAAAGGAAUCAGGAGGGAAGUUUAGAUCGCCUAGUUGCAUGUAUGGGCCUGAGUUAACUUGUGUUUCCAUGGAACACAUGGUGGAGGCAGAGUCGUCGUUGCUGUAUGCAGCAAUGUUUAGCAAUAAUGAGAAGCCAGUUCAUGUUUCUUGUCACAUGGGGAAGGUGGAGGGUGAAGGUUUGAUCAUGGUGAUGCCUUCCUCAGAAGGAGGGCUUGCAAGAACGGUGAAGGUGAUGCUUCCGGAGGAAGAACUUGCUGAACUAAGCAAGGAUGAAGCGAUAUUGCAGCUGGAGCCAACUGUGAUCCUUGCUGGUUGUGGGGCAGAACAUUGAUUGUUGGUUGAAUUGAUCUGUGGAGAAAUUAAAUUUUGGUGUCUUGUUUGACUCUCUCUGAUCUAUGAUGUUCAUGCCAGCUAUUUGAUGGUGAUUUCUGACCAGAAGAAGAGUAUAAUGCUUCCUACAAGUUGCUGAAAUUGAAAGGAUCACAAUGCAAGGUAACACUGUGAUGAGAUUGAUUAAUUUUCAAACAGAUGGUGAAAAUUGUGUAGGUGUGGGAUAAAAUAUCUGUACCUAUAGUUUUAAGCACCAUAUGUGUACUACUGCAUACUGGAGUGGUUUUUUUAAUGUGGAGUUUCGUUUUAUUUAUUAUUUUUUAUAAAUAAAAUCAUUUAUUUAAAUUGCA